ACGCCAUGUUAGGAGAGCGAGAUCUUGAUCAUUGACCUCCCUCUACGUACCAUCUCCUUGGGCUUCAGAGACUUGAAAGAAAAGUGGAACCAUCCCUCUUUUGAAGACACCAGUGGAACUUGUUGGCACAUUUUGCCGUAAUAACUUUUGAAAGGACCCCUCCCCCCUCCCAUUGUGUGGUCAAGAAACACUUAUUAAAGAUUGGACCUAUCUUAGUGUUCCAUGAAAAGCUAAUCAGUGAAACUCUGGAGCGAUGGACAACCUUGAGUACUGUGAGAUAAACUCGGACAUAACUCUCAACUAUAUAACCCAAAUAUUGAUGGAAGAAAGCGCUGACGAGAAUAUUAGCGCAUACAAACAUCACGAUGCACUCCAGGCCAUGGAGAAGCCCUUCUACGAUAUUCUUGGAAAGGCAUAUCCAUCCUCAUCUAAACAGACUAUGGUCAACAGUGGUAGUCAAUCAGGUCUGCCUGAUGAUAUUAACAACAGUCAUCACGACCUGGAACGCAGUGGUAACUCUGUCAGUGAUCUUCUUCGUGGGCGCAAGGGGGUGCGCUCGAUAGGCAUAGAUGGCGGUUCUGAACUUUGCGAUGUGGCUUUGCAGUUCAACAGAAUUGCUGAGGAAGCAAAGAAGUUUGUUCCAAGUAUUGGGAACUUGGUGGUUGAUCCAGAGAGCAAUGACCUUUCCAGUUCCAAAGAGGCAAAUGGGUCAGCAAUUGGGCAACAUAGCAAUCAAACAAAUAAAAUAAGGAGCUACCCUCACGUGGACUUGAAGUUGGUGGAGGGGAGAAACAGUAAGUAUUCAGCAAUCUCAACCAGUGAAAUAAUUCGGAAUGAACUAUUUGACAGAGUUCUGCUCUCUGAUGAGCAGUAUCUUUGCGAUGUUGCUCACCUUAGAGAAAUGGCAAAAGAAGCAAACAUAAAUCUGCAGUAUGUUCAGAACACAGGAUCUGCCCAAGGAAAACAGAAGCCACAAAGUAAGAAGCAAGAAAAGGAAGCGGUUGAUCUCAGGGGUCUUCUCAUCCAGUGUGCACAAGCGAUAUCAUCUAACAACCAUCCAUUUGCCAGUGAGCUGCUGAAAAAGAUCAGGCACCAUUCUUCACCAUAUGGAGAUGGUUCUCAGAGGCUGGCAGUUUACUUUGCAGAUGCUCUUGAGGCACGUGCAGCUGGGACUGGGAGUCAAAUAAACCAGAGAUUAGUGGUGAAGCGAACAAGCGUCACAGACAUGCUGAAGGCCUACCGCCUUUCCAUCGCAGCAUGCCCUUUCGGCAGGGUAGCAUACUACUUCGCCAAUAAAACAAUUGUUGAUGUGUUGGGGAGUCGACCAAGGGUGCAUAUAAUUGAUUUUGGCAUCAUGUUUGGCUUUCAGUGGCCAUCGCUAAUCCAGCGGCUUGCAAAGCGAGAAGGUGGUCCCCCUCAACUUCGCAUCACAGGUAUUGACGUGCCCGAGACAGGUUUUCGCCCCUGUAAACAGAUUGAGGAGACAGGAAAGCGGUUGGCUGAGUAUGCAAGAAUGUUCAAUGUACCUUUCCAGUAUCAAAGUGUUGCCUCACGGUGGGAAAGCAUAUACAUAGCAGAUCUCAAUAUUGGCAGGGAUGAGGUGCUCAUAGUCAACUGCUUGCACAAGAUGAAAAACCUCGGCGAUGAGACAGAAGACAUAGACAGUGCAAGGGACAGGGUACUGCGUAUCAUGAAGAGGAUGAAUCCAGAUGUUCUCAUAACCGGUGUCAUGAAUGGGUUGCACAGCUCCCCGUUCUUCCUACCACGAUUCAGAGAGGCUUUGUUCUUUUACUCAUCACAGUUUGACAUGCUAAAUUCAACUGUUGUGCAUCAGAAUCAUGAGGCAAGGAUCAUGAUAGAGAGGGAUCUCCUUGGGGCAGAUGUGUUUAAUGUUGUAGCAUGUGAAGGUGCAGAGAGGAUUGAGAGGCCAGAGAGCUACAAACAAUGGCAAGCAAGAAUCCUCAAGGCUGGGUUCAAGAAACUUCCUGUUGACCAGACCAUUCUAAAGGGUUCAGUAGACAGAAAGGAGCUUUAUCAUGGUGACUUUGUCAUCGACGAAGACAGUGGCUGGUUGCUACAGGGAUGGAAAGGAAGGAUAAUGCAUGCGCUGUCGUCAUGGAAACCUAAAGAUUCAUAGAUUAACAAGUAGGAUCGAAUAAAAUCUUCUGUUUGGAAGUUAAGUACACUUGUAAUAGUGAUGUGAUAAACUUUAGUUUAUUUGAAACCUCCAAGCUGGUUACACAAUGUUCA